ACUUCUUUACCAUGUUUGUUUUUGUACCAAGAUAGUAUAUUACACCUGGUAUAGUAUCUCGCUUUGCGCGAUAUAGCUGCUAACAAACCACCUGGUAAAUAACACAUCCCAUGGCAAGAAAAUGGCGACAAUUCCAAGAACUUUGGUUGCUUCCACAAGACUCGCUUCACAAAGUCUAAUCCUGUGUUCCACAAGACUCGCUUCACAAAGUCUAAUCCUGUGUUCCAGAACUCACAGGACUUUGCUUCCUACAGUUAAUCGAACAGUGCAUACAAUCUCAUCAAAAGAUGACAAUAAGCCUGAGACCAGCACAAGUUUAGUACUCUACAGAGAGCAAAGCACAGCUGCUGCUAAACCAGGAAUGGUCAGUAAUGCUGCAGAGUUUGCUGUUGCCAAAAUCGAUGAUUUAGUUAACUGGGCAAGAAGAUCUUCACUGUGGCCUAUGACAUUUGGUUUAGCUUGCUGUGCUGUAGAAAUGAUGCAGUGUGCUGCACCUAGAUAUGACAUGGACAGGUUUGGAGUUGUUUUUAGAGCAAGCCCACGACAAGCUGAUGUGAUGAUCGUUGCUGGUACCUUAACGAAUAAAAUGGCUCCUGCUCUUCGCAAGGUGUAUGAUCAGAUGCCUGAACCAAGAUGGGUUAUAUCCAUGGGAAGUUGUGCCAACGGUGGUGGUUACUACCAUUAUUCGUAUGCUGUUGUUCGUGGCUGCGACCGCGUGGUACCUGUGGAUAUAUACGUCCCUGGCUGCCCGCCAACGGCUGAAGCUCUUCUUUACGGGAUCCUUCAACUUCAAAAAAAGAUUAAACGAACAAGAAAUAUUCGAAUGUGGUACCGAAAGUAAACAAUGCAGCAAAAGAAGUAACGUGUUUUGUACAGAAACUUGGAGUAGCAAUUUGUAUAUUGUGUUUAAAAUAAAUUGUGUAUUAUUUCAAAAA